AUGACAAUAAUCCAUAAUCCAAAAUGGUGGAAAGAAGCCACCGUCUAUCAAAUUUACCCCGCUAGUUUCAAAGACUCCGACAAUGACGGUUGGGGUGACCUGGCCGGGAUUACUUCCAAACUUGACUACAUUAAGGAGUUAGGUGUCGACGCUAUAUGGGUGUGUCCGUUCUACGAAUCCCCUCAGGAAGAUAUGGGAUAUGAUAUUGCGAACUAUGAGAAGGUUUGGCCUCGUUACGGAACAAACGAGGAUUGUUUUCAGUUGAUCGAAGAAUCUCAUAAAAGAGGUAUCAAGGUGAUUGUUGACUUGGUCAUUAACCAUUGUUCCGAAGAGCAUGAAUGGUUCAAAGAAAGUAGAUCUUCUAAAACCAACCCAAAGCGUGACUGGUUCUUUUGGAGACCUCCUAAGGGUUACGAUGAAAAACGUAAUCCAAUUCCCCCAAACAAUUGGAGGUCUUUCUUUGGUGGAUCAGCUUGGAGAUAUGAUGAGAAAACAGGUGAGUUCUUCAUGCACGUUUUUGCUCCUGGCCAACCUGAUUUCAACUGGGAAAAUGAAGAGUGCCGUAAGGCCAUUUAUGACUCCUCAGUAGGCUACUGGUUACGCCACAAUGUUGAUGGGUUCAGAAUUGAUGUGGGUAGCAUGUACUCCAAAGUUGGGGGCUUGCCAGAUGCUCCUAUUACUGAUCCAACCGUUCCUUACCAGGAUGGGACGGCUUUUUUCAUAAAUGGACCACGUAUUCACGAGUACCAUAAAGAAAUGCGCCAAUACAUGAUUUCUCAAGUCCCAGAGGGCAAAGAAAUUAUGACUGUCGGAGAAGUUGGUGUCGGGAACGAAAAUGACUUCAAGGACUAUACUAGUGCCAAGGAGGGAGAACUUAACAUGAUGUUCAACUUCAAGCACACCUCAGUAGGUGAAAGCCCAGAAUUUAAGUAUGAGCUUAUUCCCUUUACCUUGAAAGACUUUAAGCUGGCCCUUGCAGAAAGUUUUCUGUUUAUCGAAAAUACUGAUUGCUGGUCCACCAUCUACUUAGAAAACCACGAUCAACCUCGUAGUGUUUCGCGUUUUGGUUGUGAUUCUCCUAAAUGGCGUGAGAUUUCGUCGAAAAUGUUGGCCACGCUUAUUAUCUCAUUGACUGGUACUGUGUUUAUUUAUCAAGGUCAGGAACUGGGCAUGCCUAACUUCAAAAAUAGAAAGAUUGAGCAAAUCAAAUGUGUCGAAGGUACUGGCACUUACGCUGCCAUCAAACGUGACUACGGUGAGGACUCAGAAAAAAUGAGAAAGUUCUUUGAAGCAUUAGCUUUGAUUUCCAGGGAUCAUGGAAGAACACCUUUCCCAUGGACCGGCGAAGAACCUUGUGCAGGUUUUUCGAAGAACGCUAAACCUUGGCUAGACAUAAAUGAAUCGUUUAGGGACGGGAUUAAUGCAGAAGCUGAGUUGAAAGACAAAGAUUCUGUUUUCUAUUUCUGGAAAAAAGCCUUGCAGGUUAGAAAAGAACACAAAGAUAUUCUUGUGUACGGACACAACUUCCAGUUCUUUAAUUUAGAUAAUGACAAAUUGUUCAUGUUCACCAAAGACGCGGAUAGUAAAAAAAUGUUUGCCGUUUUCAACUUCAGUAGCGACAACACAGACUUCCCAGUGCCUGAUGAAAAGGCCUCUUACACUAUGUUUUUCGGUAACUAUGCAGACUCAAAUGGUAAGUCGCGUACCUUACAGCCAUGGGAAGGAAGACUUUAUUCCAUGAAAUAA